AGUAAUUAUCAUAAUAAAUAUUGCCACAUUAAAACUUUUUAAUACCCUGACAACAAAACUUCUAUGACAAUUACUUUGUAAAUUAAAAAAGGCAAUGACAUUGAUUUUCCUCAUACAAUAGCCAGCAAAAUGUCGAUUUUAUACAUUCAACAACUUUUGGGUUUUCUCUUAUUAGUUUCAUUAUUCCAUAUGAUCAAAACCGAUCGGAAAACUGUUUCAGAAAAAUCUGAAAAUUUAUCAAGACAAGAUAAGGUUAUGUUCCGUGAAAUUGCGGAUGGUGCCGUUAAGAAAACAAAUAUUAUUGGGGAUGGUAAAAAAAUCAAUGCACUUGAAAAAUGUUCCAUAAAAAAUUAUAAACCGCACGAAAACUUAGAGGGAAAUGAAGUUCAUGAGCUGCAAACGAUGAGAUCACGAAGAAACGUCGAAUCAAAAGAAGUAAUAAAUUUGACCACAUUUUCAGGGAUGGACUGCUACUCAUGCUUUACCAAUACAACUUUAAGAAGUGAUGACAAUUGCUAUGACGGUGUUUCCAUGCCACACAAACAAUGUGCCGAUGCUGAACACUGUUUCACGGAACUUCAUCCUCUAUUUAUAAAAAGGGGUUGUAUCUUACCAGGAAGGUUAAAUAGAACGUUUAUAUGCAAAUGUCCUCUCUGUAACGACAAACCUGCCUUCGAUACCAGCCAUUACGAAUAUAAGAAAGUCAGCGAUUGGGAAUAUGAUAACGCUCGACUUCAGUUGCCCAUAGUAGGGAUGGAUCUUAUGUGUAAAGUUUGUGAAACCAAAGGAACCAAUCCAACAUCGGAUAAAAACUGCAGAUAUGGCAAAAAUGCUGACUAUAUGGUGUGUGGUCGUAAUCAACUUUGCUACACAAAUAUCGAUGAUGAAACCGAUUUUGUUUCAAGAGGAUGUAUAGACAAGCCACUUUAUAAUUCAAUAUACUAUUUUUGCAACAGUUCAGCAUGCAAUGAUGAUAAAUUUAUCAAUCCGAAACAGAAAUUAAGGUUUCGAACAGAACAAAUUUUGCUUAAAGAAGAACCUAUAGGUGAAAGGAAAUAUAAAUUUAAACCUCCUAGGUUUCGAAAUAAAACAAAGCGCAAAUCAUCUCCUUCCUCACAAUUAUCUUUUUUUAUGAUUAUAUUGUCAAUGUGCUUAAUAUUUGCAAAAAAUAUAAUGUUUCAAGUUUGAA